CGACGUGGUUUCGCACGGAAGUUCGGCACUUGCGCGCAACGGCCACUCGCGGUGCGGUUUGAUUGAUGACGGCGGCGGGCAGGCCCCAGCACGCGCCCGGGACAAGCACAUCUCAAUCUCCCGUCUCCUGCUCACUCGUGCCCGUCCGCUCGACCUCGCACUCCACGCCCACACCGCGCACCUCGCAUACACCUGCUGGCCCCGGCCGCCGACUCUCGCUUCUUCUGACAUCCCUCUUCCCCUUCGUCGUCCCAUGCCGACUGCGCAUGUUUGAGCACUUUCCACACUCUUUCCUUACCUCUUCUUGCUGAAAGCGUGUUCGCUUGAACAUGCACUUUUCCUCGCUCCUUACCGCGGCGGCGUUGGUCAACGUCGCCGUGUCCAAGCCAGCUUCAGGCAAUGAACUCAACAACAACAAUUAUGACCUCGCCGCCCCGCUCGACAAGCGCCAGGCGGGCCAGGUCAUCACCACGGGCGCCCGCGGGCUCGGAGACGGCCGUGUGCACGUACGACUAGAGAUCAACGAACUCGCCAACAACAGACCCGACAUGUGGUCGCUUUACAUUCGCACCAUGGCCCAGUGGAAAGAGGCCCCGAAGGACGACUGGACCGGCUACUGGGGCAUCUCCAAGAUUCACGGUGUCCCUCGCAUUGACUGGGAUGGUGUGCAGAAAUGUGACGACUGCGAUGGCGCAGAUGGCUACUGCACACAUGACUCUGUCCACUUCCCCGCAUGGCACCGAGCGUACAUGGCCCUUUUCGAGCAAGAGCUGAUCAAGCACGCCCUCGAGAUUGCCAACUCUUUCGAUGGCGCUUUCGGAGACCGCAUGAAGGCCGCCGCACAGGCACUGCGUGCUCCAUUCUGGGAUUGGGCAGCCAACCCAGACCAAGGCUCGACCGCUCUGCCGCCUUUCAUCAGUGGCCAACAGGUGACUAUCGAGGGCCCCAAUGGCCAAGAGACCGUCGACAACCCUCUCUACAGCUAUCACUUCACCGAUUCCUCCGACAUGGAGUUUUCUGUUUUCGUCGACUGGCCAGACACUUUCCGCUGGCCCAACUCAAACAACCAGGACGCGCACAGCCAAGAGCAACAGGCCGUUGACGCUUUCUCCAACCUCAACGGCAACCUGCAGGAUCAGGUCUACCAGCUCUUGACACAGUGCAAGAGCUACCUUGGUUUCGCCACCGACGCUUCUGGAGACCAGCGCUGCGCCAACAGUCUGGAGGGUAUCCACAACACCAUCCACACCAACGUAGGAGGUCCUGGCUCGAACGGUGUGUCUGGUGGCCACAUGACCUUCUUGCCACUUGCUGCUUUCGACCCAAUUUUCUUUCUGCACCACUGCAACGUCGACCGUUUGUUCACUCUGUGGCAGACCGCCAACCCGAGCACCUACGGAGCCAGCCAGGUCGCUCCUCACUCCACUUGGACCAUUGCUCAGGGCUCGAACCAAGACGCCAACUCUCCUUUGAUGCCGUUCCGCAAGGCCGCCGAUCAGUACUGGACCACCAACGACGUUCGCGACUUCGCCGCUACAUUCGCCUACACCUACCCUGAAUUCAUCGUUGGUGACGGACAGCGUAACACGAUCGUCAACUACAUCAACCAGCUUUACGGCUCCAGCCCAUCUCUGACCGCCUCCGCUCUCUCUGCUCGUGCCGAGCCUGUGAACGGCAGCAACACCGAAGGCGGUAACGGAGGACGUGGUCUUGAGGCACCACAAGGUUACGGUGGUUCGUCUUCCAGCUCCUCCAGCCCUGCAAGCUCUCAGACUGGUGGCUCUGGCUCUGGCUCUGGCAUUGGCAUUGGAAUUGGUCCUAUCAGCAUCUCCAUCGGUCUGCCAUGGAACAAGCCCACUGGAGGCGCUAGUAGCGGUCCUUACCCAACUGUCACUGGCGCAUGGAAUGGUACCAAGACCGCCGGCUACCCAGCCCCAACCGGCACCGGUGCUCCAUUGAACCCCGCCUUCAUUGCACCAAACGGCAGCGUCUACCAAUACCAAUGCAACAUCGAGACCCCUCGCUACGCUCUCAAUGGCUCGUACACUGUCUAUGUCUUCGAUGGACAGCCAGGCACCAACGACACAAGCGAGUGGCUCGGCGAGAAGAACUGCAUCGGUCAAAUCGGUGUUCUUGCAGGUGGCGAUAUGGCCCACGAGGUUGUCUCCGCUGGCUCCGUUCCGAUCACCCGCUACUUGCAAAAGCUGUACAUGUCCGGCAAGAUCUCUGCCUUGAGCGAGGAUGUUGUCCUCCCGUACAUGAAGAAGAACCUCAACUGGAUCAUCGUCUACGAUGGCGAGCGUGUCAACCCUGAGUCUCUCAACGGCUACAAGGCCUCUUUCCUGUCUGGUCUCCUUUCUCCUAUCCUUGAUGGUGAGCUGCCAAGCUGGUCGAACCUCUUGCCUCAAGUCGAUGUUACCAAGGACAAGGUUGGUGGUAUUACCGAGGCCGUGGAGGGACUGCUCGGCGGUGUUGGCGAUGCUCUCAGUGAUGCUGUCGGCGACAUCGGUGACAACAUUGGUGGUAUCAUCGGAGGUAUCAUCGGAGGCGGCAGUGGUAACGGCAACAGCAACGCUCCACACGGCUAUGGAUCCGCCUCUUCUGCGCCGUCGUACCCAGGCAAGACUGAGGAUUCGCCAGUGCCAGCGACGACUGCACCACCAUCUCAGAACCCUCCUAGCUACCCAUCGCCGCCUGAGGAGGAGGAAGUCACGACCACGGUUUACACGACGCAGUACGUGACGUACUGCCCUUGCACGGAGUCAACAGCAGCACCACAGCAACCCACCGCGACAGCAUACGCGAAGCAAUACUAGAUGUCUAAGUUUUAAGACCUAAUGCCCAGCCGCAUGAAGAAGUUUCGUAUUUGUUGAUAAACCGUACUCUCUGCAUUGCGUUUCGAGAACUGGAAAGACGCUGGUAAUUAUUUGAUGACAGAAGGGUUGGAUCGAGUUGUUGCGAGUUGUUGUGCGCAUGUCAACUACCAAAGAGUAGUUUUCUGUGGCACACGCUCAUUUCAACUCCCUGGACUGCACAGUGCCUGGAAAGGUGGAAAAAAUCUACAGACAUGGCGAAGAAGAAGAAGAUUUUCCCCUGUGUUCAAGAGAGAAUUAGUGGGAAUUGGCUCCUUUUUGUGUCCGCGUGGAAAAGAGAAGAGAUGCUGAACGAUGGCACUGUGUGAAGUGCGUUUCGUGUGUCAAGAGUGUGUGUAGAGUGAGAGAGAGAUCAUCUUGUGCAUAUUUUAUCUCAUCAGUUACCAG